AUGAAAUUGUAUACUGAUACGGUGUCAUCCAUAAACCGCGUACUCCGCAACCUAGCAGCUCAGAAAGAGAAGUCCAAUAACCAGCAGCCACCUUCAGACUGCACCACGCCUGUGUACGAGCGGCUCAGGUUGCUAGGAGCUCCGGGCUCCGCUCCGUCCUGGCCCCGACCUCCAUGGCCCACACAGAUCGAUGCGAGAACACCUCCUUACCAGCUCCACAGCUUGAGUCCUGGUCCUCAAGCAAUCGGGUGCAAUGGUGGUGACAUGACCGGAAUGAAAAAAGGUAUGUAUAAUACUAUUAAGAAAUAA